GCCAAAUAUGAUGUGUAGGGUAUUGGUGUCUGUCCGGGCUGUUGUAAUGGUGCAGCAGUCUGGAUUAGCACUGCUGCUUGUAGAACUGCCAUCUUCAGAAAUGGGGAGCACAGUUUCUGUUCACCAGACCAUUGCUGCAGACUGGAAAUUGGUGGCAGGCUACCAUUGUUCAUUGUGCUGCAUUCCAGGGAAGAGAGUUGUUUCUUUGUGCUACAGAAGCACCUGAUCCCCAGUGACUGCACAGUGGGACAAAGCAAUUGACGCCUCCUGGUGUGGGUACAUAUGCUUCUGAGGGUCAUCUAUGUCAUAAGCCAUCUGCCAAAUUAUUGUCCAGUUACUAGCAAUGACUAGAUGAGUUUUGCACUUAAUUAGAAGCCUCCUCUUCUCUCCCAACCUCAUAAAUGCCCAGGGGUGGCUUCUAAUUAAGUAUGGAAACAUUCGACCCUGGCUGUCAGGGUAUUGAUCACAGAGGUUUUUGGUGAGUGAAGUUAAUGUGGAAACUCCAUGGCUCUGUGUGUCAGUGUGUAGCCUCUGAAGCAGGAAUUGUACCCUAAUUUGAAGUUUGCUUACAAUGCUUUUAUCUCACCUCUGCCAUGGUCAGUAAGAUUAAAACUUUAAUAAACUGGUUGGCAGGAAGCAGUGAUUCUUAAGAGAAGAUGAAACCAGAAAUUUCAGUGCAGCACCAUUAUGAAAAGGGUUGGAUGACUGCCUGCAGCAGUAUGUCCCAAAAUUUGAACGCGAGAAGAUAAAUGGUGCCCAGCUGUUACAGAUUUCCCACCAGGAUCUUGAAGAGUUGGGGAUCACCCGUAUUGGACAUCAGGAGCUUGUUUUAGAGGCCGUGGAUCUCCUCUGUGCACUGAAUUAUGGCCUUGAAACAGACAACAUGAAGAACUUGGUUCUGAAGUUACGAGCAUCUUCCAACAAUCUGCAAAACUACAUCAGCAGCCGGAGGAAAACUUCAAAGUAUGAUGGAAAUACCUCACGCAAACCUCCUAAUGAAUUCCUUACCUCAGUGGUAGAGCUCAUUGGUGCUGCUAAGGCCUUGCUGACAUGGCUGGACAGGACUCCCUUUACUGGGAUUGCUGACUUUUCCAUGACAAAGAACAAAAUCAUUCAGCUGUGCUUGGAUCUCACCACCACUGUUCAGAAGGACUGCCCUGUGGCUGAAAUGGAAGAUAAAGUUCUCAGUGUGUCCAAGGUUUUGAAUGGAAUUUGUGAUAAGACAAUUCGGUCCACCACUGAUCCAUUGAUGAGCCAGGGUGCAUGUCUUGAGGAGGUUCAUUUAACCAACAUCAAACCCGGGGAAGGCCUGGGAAUGUACAUAAAAUCUACUUAUGAUGGAUUGCAUGUUGUCACUGGAACAACAGAAAAUUCUCCUGCUGAUCGGUCUCAGAAAAUUCAUGCUGGUGAUGAAGUGAUCCAGGUGAAUCAUCAGACUGUGGUGGGAUGGCAGUUGAAGAAUCUUGUAAAGAAGCUCCGUGAGAAUCCCUCUGGAGUUACUUUGUUGGUGAAGAAACGGCACACGGGCUCUUUCAAUUUUACUCCUGCCCCACUUAAAAACCUAAGGUGGAAACCGCCACUCGUUCAGACCAGCCCACCUCCAACUACAACCCAGUCACCAGAAAGCACCAUGGAGACUUCACUGAAGAAAGAAAAGCCUGCCAUUUUGGACCUUUACAUACCUCCACCGCCAUCGAUUCCGUAUGCUCCUCGGGAUGAGAAGGGGAGCUUUGUGUAUGGAGGAGGCAAUAAAUUUAAGCAGCCACUACCUGGUUCCAAAGGUGCAGAAUCUCCUAAUUCUUUCCUGGACCAGGAAUGCAGGAGGAGAAGGUUUACUCUUACUGACUCAGAUCCAUUGCCUGGCUAUUCCAUGGAAGUAAAUAUUCUACCAGCAAAGAUGAGGGAAAAGACACAAUCCUACGGGAAGCCUCGUCCCUUGUCUAUGCCUGCAGAUGGGAACUGGCUGGGAGCGGUAGAGCCUUUCUCUAAGCCCCGGGCAAUGGGGAGAAAAGGUGAAAACGCCCUCUGCCGGUACUUCAGCAAUGAGAGGAUCCCGCCUAUCGUAGAAGAAAGUUCCCCACUGCAGCAUCAGUUUUCUAGGCCCAUGGUGGAAAGGCAGCUAGUGAGGGGCACAGACUACAUCAGGGGAAGCAGGUGUUUUGUCAACGUGGAUCUUCACAACAGCGCAACCAUCCCGUUCCAGGAGGAUGGUGCCAAAAAGCCACCUGUGACCUCCUCAACAAAACCCUCCUCUGCAGAGCCCUCACUGCUGUCCAGCUGGAUCACAAGGCUCAAGCUGUUGACUCACUGAUUUCACAGGCCCGGAUUGUGAGUUCUUCUGGAUAUUUUACAAAGUGCCUUUGGAUAUUUUUCUCUUCCCCCGCCCACCGGGCAAAUGGCUGCAUCAGCUACAGAGUUAUUUAGUGGUUAUGGUUUAUUUUAUUUUCUCCCCCCAGAAAAGCUUGUCCUCUUCCCAGCAUUCCUAUAUCAGAUUAACUGGAGCUGGAUGGAUGGCUCUGAUAAUGGGCCGGGGCAGGGGAAGAGGGAGAUCGCGGCAGGUGGCGUUUGCCUCUCUGCCCAAGAGCGGGCAGGAAUUCAUUCCUCUGGAGAAAACAGCCAGGCGCGAGCGAUCCGGAGGUCACUGCUGCCCUGAAAUCUGUGGGACCCGUGCAGAAGCACUCACUGCAUUGUAACGAGGCCCGGCGGCACGUCAUUUGCUGCGAUGUUGUGCCAACCGACUGGAAGUGCAGCCUGUGUGUGUAGCACUCAGCAGAAACCCUGAGCUGCAAUCCUGACCAAGAAAGACGAAAAGGGGAGGCGUCGUGAAGCCACAUAGUGUGCACUGCAAGGGACUGCAGACGGCUCAACUGUAAGGAUUAAACAGCAGUUUGUUCCUUUUUUCUGAUUAGUCACAAACCUGAGCCUGUUCUGGUUGAUACCUUAGUUAUAAAUCUUGGUAUGGUUCAACUGUUCUUCCCUGAAUUGCUGCAGUGUUCAUCCAAUUAAGACAUGGAUUGCUAUAACAUGCCACGGAAAUGCCUCUCUGGUGACAAUGGUAAAAAUGAAUAUAUUUUACUGCUUUUUUUAAGAAAGUGAUUAAGACUGAGUAGCUGUUAACCAAAGUGUUCUAAAAACAAACCCUGUAAGCUUCUGGAGCACUGCCCACACAGGUUCAAUUUGUUUGAUAUUAUUUGUGCUUUAAAGAGUGACUUGUGAUGGAAUCACACUUUUGUAAGACAGUUUGCUCCCUUAAAGCAUUGCGGGGGCGGGAGGGGGACUUGUUUGCUGUCGUUACUUGGGGUGAUUUGUGGAAGGGACAACUUGCAAAAGUGUUUGGACAUUAAGAAUUUGUUCAUCAACAAAUGUAGGAAAAAAGGUUGUGUUAGAGAUUCACAAUGAACAUUAUGUUUAAAGUAAUUUAAAAAUGUUUAAUUGUACUGUAUUUUUUUCUCUCAACUUAAUGCAUUUUUUGCAUUUUUCUCCUCUAGCAGUUUCUGCUUAUUAGCCAGAAUAAAUUAAUAGUUCUCUGCCCCUCAUCUCCUAAA